AUGAGAACGAGAAUAGGAGCGUCCUUCAAACUGGACGACAGACUCAUACACCAGGAUGGAGAGGAUUCAGAACUCCACUCCCUAGAAGCUGACCUGGCCUUGCAGCUCCAGAUCGUUGAGGCAGCUCGUAGACUCUCAGUGGAGGAUCACCUGUCUAAACCACAGAAGAAGAGCAGGCUGCAGCAGUGCAAGAGGGAGGAGAAGAAAGUCAAGGAUCUACAGGAAGCUGUGUUUCAGCACAGGAUCAGGAAGGAGUGCUCCUCUCCACCAACUAACAAGAAGAAUGAGUCAGCCAAACACAGAGAUCUGUGCAUGUCUGAUGACAGCUCCCUGUCUGAUGCAGUGGCCUUGGACGAUGACGUCGACUCUGGCCCUCUCUCUCCCUCAGCGUCUGUAGACCCACUCCUGCAAUCCUCUGUGGGCUCCCUGUCCCUCCAGUCCUCCUCCUCCCAGGGCAGUCUCCAACACUCCUCCGGCCAGAGCCUCGUCUCCAGCUGCAGUGUGGAGCAGACCCAGACCCAGAGCUUCAGUAUGGGCUCCAACUGCAGUGUGGAGUACCCUGAACGCUCCCCCAUCCAGAACUCCCCCUGGAGAGAGUCUAGCCUGGACCAGCCCUACCUAAGACCCAACAAACCCCUCUCUGCCUGCAGCAGCAGGUCCAGCAGUCCAGUAGGGACCCCAGUGUUUCCUGCAGACAGUAGAGUCCUGCCCUCCCACUUCCCCUCCAUUAAGAACCUGGCUCUGAGACAUGGACAAACCCACUCCUCCAGCGCCCCCUCUACUCCAGAGCUGCACGUACGCAGACAGUACUCACAGUCCUUCAGACUUCCCAAAAGUAAGCCCGCUCAUGACCUGAGUGAAGGACGUGGGCGUGCCAGGUUGCCACGCAGACGGCCGGAGUUCCUGGUUCGGUCUCCACAGUACUCUCCCCAGCGCUUGUACCAGUCCAGCUCUGAGGACAGCAGCUCUGAACACUCUGUCCCCUCCUACACCAGCUCCCCCAGCCGGGACAAUCACAUAGACAGGGAGGGCCCCGCACCCACAGAGAUCCCCAAGCUCUGCCCUCCUCCCUACGGCUUCCACUAUGGAGCUAAAAGUCCCACCAGCCCUGCGUUCAAUGGCUACAACAGCCCCAGCUUUUACAAGAACAACAACCAGCACCAGUCCUCUCCCAGCUUGAGAAGGAGAAUGGCGGAGGAAGGACACUGUUCCCCUCUUUCCCCGCAGGACCUGGACAGUCCCCUGGGGAGGGAUCUCUACCUUUCCCCCUCCAAGGCCCCCCAGCCCCAGCACAGGCACUGGCAGCAGGAGGGACAUGGGCCCCCACCGUUAUCCCCCAGGAGAGUUCUGAAGCUCCCACUCCCCUACACCCACCUCGUACGUACCCCGUCACUGAGGGAGUACCCCGAACACCUCGCCCGGGUGCUACCCAGGGAGAUGGUGUCAGAGGAGCUCAAAUCCUGGCACCAGCGGAACCAGUUCCAAAAGUCACGCCCGGGUUCCCUGGAGCGGCAGGGGUCAUUCAGAGUAAAGAGCCCCACGUCCCCUCACCUCCCGCCCUACAUGCAGGGUCCCCACCAAAAGGUGAUCCUCCAGAGGGCUGCAGAUGGAACUCCAGUGCAGUGGUUUGUUGAAGAGGACUCAGAGAUCGUUAGCCAGGUGUAACCACAGCCAUAUAUACUGUAUACGGUACAUAAUUAUAUGUGUAUAUCUAUACAGUAUAUGUCUCUGGCUGUAACCAGGGGGAGUCGCCCUACUGCAGUAUGCUAUGCUACACACGAGGAGCGAAGGACCCUCUAAACUAUUGAGUAUGUCUGUAUUUAUUGAAUCAAUGGACUCUGUGAGAUUAUACUGUAUGUCCCUGGUGAAGGACAACUGUCCCUGACAAAAUGCAGAAGACGACUUUGGCUCCAUGGGUAGUUGGGUACCAUGAUAAGCACCUAGCUCUACCACUUGUGACGUAUGUAUUUUAUUUAAUCUUUAUGUAAAGAAAGUUUGUAAUUUCUAUGUAAGGCGCUUUGCCAGUUUAUUUAUAAAAGAAAGUUGAUAUUGUGAGUCAAUUUGAUUAUUUUCUACAGGUUAAAUAUGCUAAGUUUUUGUAACAAGUUUCAUACAUUUUUAACUGGCUAUAACAUUUCAAGAUUACUGCUUACUGUAGACUCUCUUUGUGUGUGGUACACAUAUUUGCACAACAAGGUUCACCUAGGUUCCAAAUUAAGUUACGGCCUUCCUAAUAUAAUCAUUUAUUUCUUUAAUAAAAUGUCUAGACUGUAUCUGUUUUCUUUCUCUAUCUAUUAACUUAAGAGGUUUCCUCAAGCAGUAUAGGCACAAUAUACAGGUAACUUCCCAAAAUAAAGGAAACACCAGCAUAGUGUCUUAAUAGGACGUUGGGCCACCACGAGCCGCUAGAACAGCUUCAAUGCGUCUUGGCAUAGAUCUUUUGGGGGUAGUUACCUGUAACUCUCACUAGAAUUUUAUUAUAUAAUUUUUCAUAUUAUUUUUGAAAAUAGUGUUAGAAAAUGCUAUAAAGUUGCUGUUUCUCCUUAAGCUGUAGUACACUAACAAUAACACGAAAUAAGCUGAAUGUUAACCUGUUAAACUAUUAAUUUAUAUUCAUUUAAGUGGUUGGUUUGAAGCAUGAUUGUGUUGGAUGUUUUCACUGCAUUGCGGUUUUGUUGUGGUACUAACCAGUUGAUUAUAUCAGUUUUGAUAUUGUUUGUAUAUUUAUAAUAA